CUCUGUUUGCCUUAAAUGUAAGAGAGGAACCUCACCAUAGCUUAUUGAAACUGUGUCAUCUCACUUCCUCUUCUGCCUUUAUUUACAGAAACAGCAUCACAGCUCUUCACACUGUGUUUGUUUCACUGGCUGAAACAGCUAAAAUGGACAGUGCUCAAGGUGGUAAAGCCUUCGGUCUACUCAAGACUCACCAGGAAGAGAAGCUGAACUCUAUCAAUGAGGCUUUCCUCUCAGACCCCCAGUAUGCAGAGGAAGAGGAUCUUGGCUCAAAGCUUGAAAUGUUCAAACAGAAAUACAUGGAGUUUGAUCUAAAUGACAAAGGAGAUAUAGAUUUAAUGGGGCUAAAGCGGAUGCUGGAGAAACUGGGACUGGCAAAAACUCAUAUGGAACUGAAGAAGAUGAUGUCAGAAGUGGUUGGAGGGACAUCCAAAGACACCAUCAGCUACACUGACUUUUUGAAUAUGAUGCUGGGAAAAAGAAAUGCCAUUUUAAAACUGAUCUUGAUGUUUGAAAGCAUGGGAAAGGAACAGGAACCCAAGGAUGUAGGGCCACCAGGUCGCAAGACCUUUUCAGACCUGCCCUGAAGAAAUUCUCCAUCCUAUCUUGGAAUAACUAUCGUCAUGGCCUUGCUCUAAAAUCUCUGUCACUCAAAAUAAAAUGAUAAAAUGUUUUAUAAGAUUUGCAGUUUUUAAUGAAUUAAUGUGAUCUAAACAAAGAAAUUGGAUGAUCUGUUUCCUUUGUCUUAAUUUCUUUGGUAACCCUAAUGGACAUCUUACAUCAUCGGCAUCUAGAUAUUUUGUUAGUGAGCCUGCUUACUCUAAUGAUCUUACUUUACCAUUAGAAGACACAAAAGUGUCACAAAGGGGGCAUUUUACUUAUAGUAAGCCUGGGAUACCCUUAAAAAAAUUUCAGAUUAAGGUGAUAAUAUCCAGUGUGUUAUAACAUGAGUGUAUUAGAAUACAGCCUUAAAAUACAUGCAUGAUCCCUACCCCACUUUAAUUUUUUUAUUGUUUCACCAUGAUAAUGAGUAAUUUAAGUUGUUUUUUUCAGGAUGUCAGCUAACUUAUCUGGGAAAACAAUUUUGUUAAAUUGUUUUCAUAUUAUUGUUUCGUUUUUAUUAUUGUAAUUUUUAUUAUUUUUAUUAUUAUUGUUGUUGUUGUUGUUGUUGUUGUUAUUUAUCAGUUUAAUGUCAUAGGAGCACAUCAGUGUCCUUUUAACUACUUUUGACUUUCUUCUUGAACAAUUCUAAUGUACAAAAAUCAGACAUACCAGUACACACAAGUAAACAAUGACAUACAACAUGGAUAAGAGGAGAGCUCACGUGCAAUAACAAAGGUUGAUAAAAUAAAAAGUGUAUUAAUUACUCAAAAUAAUGAAGGAAAAAUUAUUUUUAAAAAACAGACUGAAAAACAUGACAGUUCAGUGUGACACAGAUGUUUUUGUUUAAGUUGGAAGAGAUUCAAAUGAAUAAUUUAGUUCAAUUGAAAAUAAUAUAAAAAUAGGAGUUGAAC